UCAUUAGGUGGGUGGAAACUCUCCAAGAAAAUCGAUAAAACGUUAUAUUGCUUGUUUCAAAAUAAAUGACGAAUCAAGGCGUCUAACAGCCUUUGUUUUUCAUUCCGCCGGUGCAGGCCUUUCGACAUGAAUAGCCUCAUCCGACUGAUCUUAGCGUUGGAAUAAAACAAGCGUGCAUUUAAAACCGUUAGGAGCCUACAGAUAUCCAAAUGACCUAACUGCGUCAGUAUUACAUACACCUCACGGACCCCCUCUAGAACAACAACACUAAGCAAAAUUUUCUCGCACGAUGCAGGGAAUGUUAAAGAGUUUCGUAUUCCCUAUCAAACAUCCUUUUCUUGGGAACAUCCCACAUGCGUCGCUCACCUUGGUGGUUGUGAAUAGUUCUUUUGCAUUUACCCACUCGCUCAUUUCCUACUUUUUCAUAUGCUAACACAUGCAAUGAUUAGGUCGUUAACACCUCUGCAGAACCCGUUAGGAAAUCUUUAUUUGCAAUUUUCCUAUUGUUGCUACACAAUUAUUUCCCUGACACGUAUAACAAAAUCGGUACAGCAGCUAGUAACCUACAAAACACUCAAGACUUGCCUGCAAGAAAAUAAAAAUGAAAGACUUUCUCUUUCGACGAAAUAUUCCAACUUGCUGUCAGUAAGACUUUUAUUAGGCCUACAAAAGAUAAAAUCAGUCAAUUAUCUUACUUUCAAAUUUGUCUAAAUAUUUGAUUUCAUGCAAUACAAGCACUCAAUAAUGACAAGAGAUUCAAUUAACUUAGCUGUAGAUGUUUUCUUUCUGCUGCUUUCAAAGCAAUUUUUUGAGCAAAGUUAGAUUUGGUUUUUAGAGCAGGCGAGGCACUGCACAUCAGACCAGGAGAUUUCAAUAAUGCAGGCCAAUUUUCCUUUUCUUUCUUUCUUUCUCUCUCUCUCUCUCUCUCUCUCUCCCCCUCAGCCACCGCUAAAUGGUCUAUGACUGACGGACAGAGCCGGCGAGUAGUGGCAAGCGGUGUUACUAUUGUCCCAUUGUUGACAAAUCCAAGGAACAACUUCAGCCUGCACGGUUUAACGGAGGGGCGCCUGACGUCAUGGUAUCACGUGACGGAGCUGAUAGUAUAUCUUUAAGUGAAAAGUAAUCUAUCAGACAGUCUUUAAAACCUCCUUUUGAAGCAUGUGUCAUCUUGACUUCUCGGUCCAAAAUCACUUGUAGUUUGAGGAAAUACGGCCGGAAGGAGACCGGACGUGAAGGCGCACAAGUCUGAUAAAACUUCCGAAGGCACUAGACUGGAGAAAUAUUUUCUAAAGUUUAAGUUUCACUGGCGGGCCGGGUCUGCCCUUCAUUUAGCAAUUGGUUGACAUCCGAUCUGACCACGGCGGACCACACUCUUACCUUGGGUUGUUCCUCGGCAAAGUAAGCGGUGAUGACCCUGUCUGGAGGCAGCAGUGCCAGCGACAUGUCCGGUCAGACGGUACUUACAGCUGACGAUGUGGAUAUCGACGUGGUCGGGGAAGGCGACGAGGGGAUGGAGCGAGACAGUGACUGCGAAAGCCCGGGUGUGCGGGAGCGAAGCGAGGACACCGAGGACAUAGAAGUGAAGGAGCGCAGCGGCAGCCCAUGCGAGAGCACCAGCGAAGGCGAGUCCAAAGGGGACGGGCAGGAAAGCUCCUCCGCUCCCAUGCAAAGCAAGCCCAAGAGCAGCCUGGUGAAGCCGCCAUACUCCUACAUCGCACUCAUCACCAUGGCUAUCCUCCAGAGUCCGCAGAAAAAGUUGACGCUCAGUGGUAUCUGUGAGUUCAUCAGCAACCGCUUUCCUUACUACAGAGAGAAGUUCCCAGCCUGGCAAAACUCCAUUCGACACAACCUCUCCCUUAACGACUGCUUCGUCAAGAUCCCACGGGAGCCGGGUAACCCGGGAAAGGGAAACUACUGGACGCUGGACCCCCAGUCUGAAGACAUGUUUGACAACGGCAGUUUUCUCAGGAGAAGGAAACGCUUCAAGAGACAGCCGGACAUUCUCAGGGACCAGACCGCUCUUAUGAUGCAAAGUUUUGGGGCAUACAGUAUUGGGAAUCCCUACGGUCGUCACUAUGGAAUUCACCCGGCUGCAUAUUCUCACCCAGCCGCGUUGCAGUACCCUUAUAUUCCCCCGGUGGGUCCCAUGCUCCCUCCGGCGGUGCCGCUUUUGCCUUCAGCAGAACUGAACAGAAAGGCAUUUAAUUCCCAACUCAGUCCCAGCCUACAACUGCAGCUGAAUAGCUUAAGUACUGCGAUCAAGUCUGAACCGUCAAGUCGACCCUCGUUCAGUAUAGAGAAUAUUAUUGGGGUGUCCAGCAGCUCCACAAGCGCACAGACUUUCCUGCGACCACCAGUGACGGUGCAGUCCGCUUUACUAAGCGCGCAGUCUCUAUCGUUAACCCGGACAUCAGCGGCUAUUGCGCCCAUCCUUAGCGUUCCGUCAAACAUCAUUUCGGGACAGUUUUUACCGACGGCGUCGACAGCAGCGGUAUCCAAAUGGCCUUCUCAGUGAUACACUUUUUUUCUAUUUCUAAUAUUUAAGGGGGGAAAGACUGUACAGCACGAACUAGGCAGCACUGGACGAUUCGUCCACCUCUAUGUAGCCAUGUAAAAAGAAAAUAUACAUACUCGAGGAAUGCUUUAAGCACAGGUAAUAUUUGUAAAUAUUUGUAUACAGAAAUGUACUUGUUCGACUUUUUCGUUAUUCUGCUGUUCAAACUUUGACAGUUUGUAGUUCAGAGUCCUUUCUUUUUUUAUUUUACGUUAUUUAUAUAUAUAUAUAUAUAUUCAUUCUUUAGAAUCACUAGAAAGGUGAUUCAUUUAUUAGGCUAAUUAAUGUCGUUUUGUUUGUUUUACUAUAAAAUGUUCUUGUUCGAAGACUGGACAAGUAGCCUGUUUAUAAAAUUCAAAUAUAUGUAUUCUAUGUAGCGAUAUUGUGUUGUAAAUUGAAUACAUUUGUUAAUAAAUGUUAAAAUAAGA